AUGGAAGAGGCGAAAUUGAAAACGCCAGCGUCAAGAGGCCACAUUGGCACCGACCAGUGUUCGCAGAGUUUGAGCCCUCGAGCGCGCAUUGUCUCCGUUGCCUCCAACAUCGCCUCACAGACUCUUCACAACUCCGAUCCUCGCGUUUGGGGUGUUCUCACUGCCAUCUCUAACAAUGCCCGCAAAAGGCACCAGGGAAUUAACAUUAUAUUAAAUGCUGAUGAACACUGCUUUGGGCGAUUGGUAGAGGAUGUGCGUUGCCAGAUUGAUUCCAAUUCUGUUAGUGCAAAUCAUUGCCGAAUAUACAGGAUGAAGGUUACUAAUGAAAAUAUGGAGAAUGCCACAUCAAUACUCUUGAAAGAUACAAGCACAAAUGGAACUUACCUUAACUGGGAGAAAUUGAAAAAGAAUGGUGCUGCUGUGAAAGUCUGCCAUGGUGAUAUUAUAUCAUUUGCUGCUCCUCCGCAGCAUGAUAUGGCAUUUGCUUUUGUAUACCGAGACGUGCUUAUGUCUAGCCCUAUGCCAGAUAAUGCAGUUGUCAAACGAAAAGCAGAGGAUUUUCUUUCUGAAAAUAAGAGGUUGAAAGGUUUAGGCAUCGGUGCUCCUGAGGGUCCCAUAUCUCUUGAUGAUUUUCGGAGUCUUCAAAGAUCAAACAUGGAAUUGAGAAAGCAAUUGGAGAAUCAGGUGGUUACAAUUGAUACUUUGCGUAGUGACAACCGUGCAGCUGUUGAACGCCAUGAAAGUGUAUCUGAUUUGAGAUUUACUAACACCCCCUUAUGCUUGGGACUGGACAUUGAUUUGGCCAUAUCAGCUGAUAGAGAACUUGGAUUUCUUUCAAUACAACCUCCUCAUGAAAUAAAAUCAGUCAAAGACUCGGUUGCCAAAUGUUACCUUGACCAAUUAAAAGAAUUACAGCAAACUGUGGAUCUCAAACAGAAGGAAUUGGGGGAUCUUAACAAGGCAUCUGCUGAACAAAGACAUGCCCUGGAAGACCUUAAUGAAAGGCUUAAUGCUUCUGCACAGUCAUGUGCUGAAGCAAAUUCUAUGAUAAGUAGUAACUCUCUCUCCUCUGUUAGUCAAAAGGUAAAUAUAGCUGAACUGAAGGAACAAUUAGAUGAUGAGCGGACUCAAAGAAAAGAAGAGCGGGAGAAGGCUGCAGCUGACCUAAAAGCUGCUGUUCAUAGAAUCCAGUCUGAGGCCCAGGAGGAAUUAAAACGAUUCUUAGAUGCGGCCUUAAGAAGAGAAAGUGAGCUACAAGAAGCAAUUAAUAAGUUACAGGAGUCGGAGAGAGAAAUGUCUUUGCUGGCUGAAACCUUGAGGUCCAAGCUGGAGGAUACCAGGCAAAAAUUGGUUGUCUCUGAUAAUAAAGUUCGCCAACUGGAAACCCAAGUACAUGAAGAGAAACUGGCCACUGAAAAUGAAAUAAAGAAGGUAGAGCUCGAGCAACAGGAAACAAGAAGAUUAAGAAAAGAGCUUGAGAGCGAAAAGGCAGCUCGAGAAGAAGCUUGGGCUAAAGUUUCUGUUCUUGAGCUUGAGAUAAAUGCGGCAAUGAGAGACCUUGAUUUUGAAAGGCGGAGGUUAAAAGGUGCCAGGGAAAGACUUAUGCUUCGGGAAACACAGCUUCGAGCAUUUUAUUCCACUACUGAAGAGAUACAAGUACUGUUUGCUAAGCAACAGGAACAAUUGAAAUCUAUGCAGAGAACUCUAGAAGAUGAAGAAAAUUAUGAGAAUACUUCUGUAGAAAUGGACGGAAUCAUCGGUGGAACCUUGGGCAGAGAAAAAGAAGUUGAUGGAUACCAUAGCCAAAAUGAUGCCAAGGCACGAAAACUUAACAUAGAUCACGUUGAAUCAUCAAGCAAUGAGGCAAGUGUCACUGAGAAGCAUGACUGUGAUAUAAGAAGUGAAGAAUGUCAAAAUACACAAGAGGCAGAAUUCACCAGUGCUGAUCAUGAGCACAGUGUUAGAGGCGGCUUUGGUUCUAACAUUGAUGGUGUUGGGCCAGGGAAUGUUUUGGAGGGAGAUGCUCCCGUAGGCACUGAAAAAGUUCAUGAAACUGAAACUCCUAUAAAUCAGGGUGAUCAGAAUAUUGAUUUGAACAAGUGUUUAGGUGGGGACACAAUGCAGAUUGAUGAUGAUGAUAACAAUGUACAAGAAACUGAAGAGCUUGCUCAAAUACCUUCUCGUGAAGGUUUACAUCACUAUCAAUCAAAUAAUCCUUCAGACACUGAAAAGACCAUCGAGGAUACGCAAGUCACAAUCAGAACAGCAGACCUUUUAACUUCCGAAGUCGCGGGUAGUUGGGCUUGUAAUACUGCCCCUUCCAUGCAUGAAGAAAAUGAAUCUCCAAGCAGAGAUAAUAAUGAAGCUUUAGGAGCAUUGCAUGACUCAAAUGUCUUAGUGGCUGAGGUUCAGAACACUCUUUCUGAUGCUGCAGUUGCCAGACAAAAUGAACGACGAGCAUUAAGUGAGAUGAUUGGCAUUGUUGCUCCUGAUUUGAGGGAGCAAUUUGGAGGUUCUGCAUAUGAUUGUGACCAAGAGAGGGAAAAUCGUCACGGUUCAUCUGACUCGGAUACUGAGUGUUGUAGCAACACUAGCAUUGAUAACAUAGCUGAUGCAAAGGGUGGAUCGAUAUCUGAUGAAGAAACUCAGGUUAGUGACCAUGAUGAGGAGGAUCAAAAGCAGGGUGAUACCAUGGAUGAAGAUGAUGAAGCCACUCAAGAAGAUUGA